AUUCAAGCUGUGGUAGAGAACAUAAGCUAACGUUAUCAGUUCAAGAGCCGAGACGGACAUGAUUAUGAGCAUCGUUUCUGGAGUUGACGAGAACAUCAUGAACGCGAAGAACUGAGAACAGACUAUCGACCGUCUUCAACUUUAAACAAGUUCAAGCUGAGCUGACUAAAGUGAAGAAGACAUGGAUGUUGAAAUGACAGAACAGUCUGCUGGAGAGAAGGUCUGCUGAUGCUGCUACUGCUCCGUGUUGGUAGUGACGAUGCCACGUUAAUGAUUAAGUCCAAGACAAGCAUGUGUGGACAGAUAUUGUAUCUUCAGUCAAAGACCGAACGUAACAGAUGUUCCUGGUGCUGAUACCACUUCAAGGCCAGUUCCCAUCUCUCUGUAAACCAAGUUUUGACAUCAAGUAGCAGUUGAGCUGGAAAGAGCAAGCGAAUUGUGCUUUCUUUAGUGAAGAUUCAUGCUUGAUGGAAGUUUGUUGAACCUUCGUACUUAUCUGGAGCAUCGGUAGGCCUGUGAUCAUUGUCCUGUGAAUACUUUGUAUUUUAUGUCCCAGGAAAAUGUUUGAACACGGAAUGUGUUGAUAAAGCUUUGGCUAUGACCAAAAGAAAAGAGAUCGUGUCAUCCUAGAGAGAGUUGAGUUGAUCUGCUCUAGUCCUCCUUCAGAAUACCUAAGUGUGUCUUUGACACCGAUAACAGUCAAAAUGGUUGGUCAACUCAGACUCAAGCCACACAUUGACCAAUGGGAAGGAGAUGAUGAAGUGACAUUCUAUGCUGCUAAUGUCCAAAGACCACGUGAGCUACGUGACUUGGCGUCCACCUCCUCUUCAUCCUCGAGCUCUAGCUCUUUAGACCUCUCUGGAAGUGGGGAUGGCUUGCAGAACAGCAACACUGCCAAUGAGGUUUUAGAUGCCUUGCGUUCAAGGUCAGAUUCAUGUACUCUAGCUGAAAGCAAGGAUCAUGUGAAGGUUCACCCCUUCUGGCUGAGGAUAGGCAAGAUCAUCUCCAAUGUGCCAUUUAGUGUAGUUACUUUAGUCGUUGUAAGUGCAGUAUCCCUCCUCUUGGGGACACUGGCUGUUUUGGUUGUUAAACCUGCGCCUCAGUGGGACAAGUCGCUUGAUGCAUUUGAGAUUCCUAAUCAUCCGUCCACUUUCAAACGCGAGAUGCUCAACUUGGCGCAGAAGGAUAAUAGUGUUCCAAAAAGACAAAAGCGAAGCCUGUUUGAGUCUCCAGCAAGGCUAGGUGAGUUGAACGUAAAUGAUCGUACUAUCAAAAAAUAUGGAAGGUAUUCCAAACAUAUGAGGAGUUCUCACAAGGAACAUAUCAAGACAAAACUUAGCCGCCACAAAGAGUCAGGGGUAGACCUUCCAGAUGAUAUAUUUAGUCCCAUUCCUUCCAGUCAUUUAUUGUAUAUCAACAAGCAAUUCGCUCAUCGCAAUCAACAACUCAACAAAGACAAUUAUCAACUCAAAGAAGAACAUAAAAGUCUACAAGCUGAUGGUGCAACUAAAAACAACUCAAGUGUAAUCAACUCUAGAAUAUUGAAAGAUGAAACAAAGGGCCACAGCAUCAAGAGGCGUUCGGCAGGACUCACACCCCGCCCCCACUCCUGGCGUCUCCAGCUGGUGUACAUGGCAAAGGGGGAGGAUGAGAACAUCUUCACGCCUGAGCGACUUCAGACGAUCCAUGACAUUGAGAUGGACAUCAUGAAGCAGCCAGGUUUUACCAGAUUCUGUUCCCGAUCUUCCCACUCGAUCGAUGAUCCAGCGUUGGCCGGGGUCGGCCACUGUCUGCCUCCGAACUCCCUCAUGACGUACUUCUUUCCCUCACAAGUUGGUGACAUGGUUCGUUAUGAUGGCAUGGGCAAUGAACUAGCGGAUAUCAACGGCACACUGAAAAUGGCAAUGGCCCACCAAACCUUCUACUGGUUCGUAGACACACACAUGAACAGCACGAGCCAGAGGUCAAAGUUCAUACGAACAGAGGUGUGGUUUGGCCGACCUCAAGAUAAUAUGACUAGAACCGAAGCUUAUGAAGAGUAUAAGAAGUUCAUAUUUACUUAUAUCAAGCUGUUAGACAAGAAGUCCACAGACAAAGUCGACGUCUUGUACGGCGGCACUGAGAUCUUCGACCAGGAGGUAUCCAUGACAAUCUACCACGAUGUCCUUCUCUCCAUCCCGACCUUCAUCGCCAUCUUUGUUCUCCUCUUCGUCUUUACGUCCUUCUCGCUCUGGCUUACGAUCUGCGGUCUUCUUAGUAUCGUCUUCAGUUUCUGCCUGGCCUACUUUUGCUACCAUGUCUUCUUCGGGAUUGAAGCACUUGGUCUCCUCAACGUCGUCUCUGUCUUUGUGAUAAUCGGAAUUGGUGUUGAUGAUGUUUUUGUGUUUGUGAACACUUUCCGUCAAGCUGACUCCAUCAAAGAUCCUGCCCUCAGAAUGGCUCAUACCAUUACCACAGCGGGGGGUGCCACUUUCUUUACCUCCAUCACGACAGCAGGGGCGUUUGGAGCCAAUAUGGCCUCCCAGAUUCCAGCCAUUUAUGAUUUUGGUUUAUUUAUGAUGUUACUUGUCAUCUUCUGUUGGUUGAUGGUGGUCAUGAUCAUGCCGUCGGCUCUCAACAUCUGGUAUCGUGCUUUCAACUGUGAACUCUCUGUCAUGCAGAAAUUCAAGAACAGGAAAAAUGUUAGCCCAAGUCAUCGGCGAGACGCCGGUCUCUACAGGGUCCUGGCCCAGUACGAGAACCAGAGUGAGACCAGGCCACCACUGGUCCAGGAACCGAGUCAUCAGGGAAUGACUGAGGUCCCAGAGAACCAUGUUCUGGAUGACAGCGAUAUACCUCUGUUGGACCUGGAGGAUGAGACGGAGGAACAGGGAUUGUUGACCGAUGAUGAAGAUGAUGUUCCUCUGCUAGAAAUAAGACAUGUCACUGGUCCUGCAUCCUCCUUGGAAACCAAAGAAUCGGCUAGUUUGACCGCUGCCCUUCAGAGGGCCCUUCAUAGAUUCAUUGCUAAACCAGUCAUGAAGGCCAGAUGGGUUGUCAUUGGGAUAUUCUGCAUCAUAUUUUGCAUCACCAUCGUCCUGGUAUCCCGCCUCCAGCCCGCCAGCCGUCCUCCAGCGCUCUACCAACCCGACACCAACCUCCAGCGGCUUCUUGACCUCGCCUACAACUUUAGUGGCAAGGAUAUCCGCUGUACCGAGUGCUCUGGGUUCGACCAGGGCGACUUACACCCCGUGAUACCUGUCCCAAAUGUUCCAAAGGUCCUCCCGGGGAUGCUGACCCCUAAUCCAGUCCUUCCCACCCAUCUGCCUGAGACCACUCUCUGGCCCCCGUCAGAGCCACAGAUACCGACCGUUGCUGGAGGGGGUGGGGAAGGGGGUGGAGCAGGGACUGAUGUAACAGUCGUUGGACCCCCUGGACAUCAGACCCCUCCUGCCACUAGCAAAUCGUCUGAGAGCUCUCCAACUCCGCCACCUAAAGGGCUUACGUGCCAAGAUGUAAAUCUUGUCUGUAAGUAUGGUUCUAUCUGCCAAGAAUCCAACGAACUGAAGGGAAAACCUCGCUGCAUCUGCAAGACAGAUUGCAACCAGUUAACGAUCGAUCCUGUGUGCGGGUCAGAUGGGGAGACGUACGCCAGCGAAUGUCAGAUGCAGUCUUAUGGGUGCAUGGAUAAGCGGGAAGUGACAGUUGCCAAGAAAGGAGUUUGUGAUGGUCCUCCAAUCAUCCCACCGACCCCUGAACAUCAUGAUGAGGUUUUUAUUGAUCCUUCCUCUCCGGGCAAAGGUUACGACCCCUGUGUCACGAACAUCAUGUGCGGCAGUGUCGCGAGCAGACCCGUACUUGACAACAUGGCAACAGUCUUCCUGGUAUUCGGUAUCGAGGGUAUCAACAAGACGAAUGUUACGACACACCACGUACUCAACGAAGAUAAGGGCACUGUCAUUUAUGACCUGGACUUCACGCCUCUCCGUGCUCAGACUGUGGGGGCACUGUGUAAGAUCUGCAAGAUGAUCGGGAACAACCGAGACCUGGUCCUGGAUGGUGGGGCCGAGUGCUUCCCUUCACAGUACUUCACCAUGCUUCAGAUCUAUGGGUUGAGACUACCCGAUGAGUGCAACGACAUCCCGCGACCUAAGCUCAUAGCAGGUCAAAGGUCACAUGCCAAGGCUCAUAUUAUCGGUCAUGAUCUUGUCUGGUUUGCCAUGGCUUUCGAGUCGAAAAUUUACGAAGGCAAAUCAAGCUUUGAGGCCUACAAGGACUACAAUGCGUGGGAAAAGGCUAUUGUUAGAGUGAAAGAGAACCUGACGGAGGAUGAGAGAGCUGGUUUAAUGUCGGCUUUCCAGACGUGUGAUUACUGGGAGCAAGUCUUCAUGGAGAUCAUAGGUGUAACCAGUGCUAUAUACGGUGUAGCAUUCUCUCUCAUUGUCUGUGUCAUAGCUGUGGCUCUCUUCACCGCUCAUGUAACAAUCCUACUCAUAGCAUUCUUAACAAUAGCUGGUGUGAUCUUAGUCGUUGUUAGUAUGUUUUAUCUGUUAGGCUGGCAGAUGGGUGCUGUAGAAGCUGUAUCACUGUCUAUCCUCGUCGGUUCUUCCAUCGAUUACUGCAUCCAUCUUGUCGAGGGUUAUCGGGUCGCUGGAAGUCAGGUCAAGAUGGAUUCCGGAAAGAGUGCAAGACAGAUCCGUCAACAGCGGACCAUCCACUCCAUCAGUACCAUCGGUGUAUCCAUCCUAUCUAGCGCCCUCACUACCAUCAUCGCUGCGAUUCCGCUUUGCUUCACUACUGUCCAGCUCUUCGCCAAGUUCGGUCAGAUCGUGGCCCUCAACACCCUUGUGUCCAUUAUCUACACUCUGACGUCCUGCGCGGCGUUUCUCGGCUGCUUCGCUCCGGCCCGCUACAAGUGGAGCUGGCGCUGGUUGCUUCUGACGGUGGUCGUCGUCGGACUGGUGCUAGGGGCCGGUGUGGUGGCGCUCUUCGUCAUGCAUCAUCACGGCAUUACGAUACCUGGUCCGUCUGGAGACACGCUCUUCGGUUGAGAAUGUCCUUUUAAAAUUGUUGUAUUCCCCUCAAUGCCAUGAAAGGUGGAAAAUGCAUGGUUUGAUAUUUUGUGUUAUAUUCAAAUCUUAUAUUAUGAAAUUGCAUUGCAUAAAAGGCUUUAGUGAUUAUUUUCUGACAAUGCUGUGCUUCAAACCUUGGUUUUAAAAUGCUGGCACUCUCAACUGGAGAAAUGGAUCAUUAUUUUUACGCCUUAUUUAUUUAUUGUAAAGAUUUCAAAUGAUAGUGUAUGGACUAGUAUACUAUGCUGCAAUAUAUUGAAGUUUUCUUUGAGCAUUUGGCAAUAAGGGUAUUCUUUGAAAGUGGGCAAUGAUUAUCAAUAAGAUGAUCAUGCUCUGCUGCAAAACAUAGAUAGAUGUGCUUGGAUAGCACAUGACUACCAGCAAACAUAAACUUUUUUUUUUUUUUUUUUUUUUCAUGUGAAUCAAUGACAACUUGCAUUGUUUCACUGCAUUAUGCUUCAGAAAGCUACUCAUAAGUUGCACAACGUGACCCUUUCUUGUGCUAAAUGAUAUAACCCUAUGUAGCUGACUUUGCACCUACAUGUAAGAACAUGUUCCAGUCAUGACUGGUGACCCUUUCUUGUGCUAACUGAUAUAUCCCUAUGUAUCUGACUGAGCACCUAAGAACAUGUUCCAGUCAUGACUGGUGACCCUUGUGCUAAAUGAUAUGUCCCUAUGUACAGUAGCUGACUUAGCACCCAAGAACAUGCUCCAGUCGUGUGUAAAGUCGUAUGUGACACCCAUCUCCGUGUUUGAUGAGAUAUAAAAGUGUGAAGCGUUUAAACUUCACCAAAAAGUGGAAGAAAGUUCCAUAGCUGAUGAAAUACGGAAGGAAAUUCCCAGACCCCAUACAUUCUGAAAUGUAUAAUGUGUAUCUUGACGGUAUGGCCUGUGUUUCAUGUUAUACGUGCAUCAUUUGUUUGUAUUGUCUAAUUGAUUAUAUUGAUUGCACCCAAGUUAUUUUUCUGGGUCUGUGUCCCUCAACACAAAACUAAGUGAGUAGUUGUUUGAUUUAAUUUUAUGAUCAAUUAUACAUUGAGGUCAAUGGAAUCGAUCAUUAAAAAAACAUCCUGUGAUCAACUACUAACAUUUGUGUUUCCAGGCCUAAUGUUUGUUUUUUUCAUUUGUGAUUUUUAAAAUAAUGUUUGACACGCUUAAUGAGCCAAAUAUAGGAACCCACCGUGAAAAUGUUGGCUUUAAUUUGUAGUACAGGGUAAAAACCCAGCAAUGCAGAUAUUUGAAAUGUCUUUCAUUUGCCAAUUAGCAAAAAAAAAAUCAUAUCAUCAGUUUUAUAUGUGUUCCAACUUUCAGCCUUACUCUCUAUUCUCCCUUAGAAAUUGAAUUAUACAAGUGAGUAUUUGUGGUGUAUUAAGAGUUGGAUAAUAUUGUUUGAAGCAAAUUGUGUUAUGAAUGAUUUCAACUGAGCAUUGUACAAAAUGUAACCAUGUCAGUUGUAUAAAACUUGUAGAAGCCAGUGAUAUUUUUGUUGAUCUCUUUUUGUUUUGCUUUAUGAAACCAGAGACUGGUGGAAUAAUAUCAGAGGUUGCCAAUGGCAUUUUAAUAGAAAAAAUGUAAUGUAAUAGCAUUCUCAACAGCGAUGAAUCUAAAUCCGUAUGUGUUAAGAGAACACAAUGUAGGAUUAGUAAGGUACAUUCUUCUUGAGGAUUGUCAAGGAUUUGUCGACCAGAGUCGACAAAUGCAAGCCAGCACUGGUGAUAUAUAUAUGCUACUCUGUGUGGAACAAUAUUAUUAACCUUUAUCUUUGAACAGAAGGAAAUACAUUUCAUAAAAUGUGUCAAUAUAUUAAUAAAAGAUGAAAUAAAAUACAUGUGCAAUCAUAGUGAUUACCUAGUUUUAGAAAUAUGAUUUUUUUUUUAGGUUAUAAAAUCUAUCUUAAAGGAGAAAGUGAAAUACAAUUUAGCAAUCUUUUUUAAUUUGUAUAUUUUGUAGAGCAGGUAUCAUGUCCUAAUAUUGUAAAUUUUAGCAUUUUAAGUAGGUUUUUCUGCCUUUUAUUAUAUCAUAAUCAUAUCCUGUAUGUUUGGAGACAAAUUCUAUAUUAAUCCCUAAGAUUAAAUGUGGCUAUAUUUUCCAUGCACUUUAUUAUGUAUUUGAUUGUCGGUACACUGAAGCUAAAACAAAAUUGUUUUUAAAACUGUCCUGGUGAUGAUUUCCUGAAGAAAAUAGUGAUUUUCAAUGUCUUCUGAGCCAAUCAGAUUCAAGGAUUUCAGUAGCUUAUAACAGUUCUCAGUGAAAAUAACCGUCUUUUUUUUGUGAAAUGCUCCUCUGGUGUUAUCUCAUGAAGUAUUUUUUUUAGAAAACUAAAAUUUUCAUUCCGUGCAUUUUGAGUCAGUUAUUCAAUGUUUAUUUACUUAUUCAAUGUCACUGUAUUUAUUUUUGGACAGGCUGUUGUACAUGUAUUUUGUUAUGGCCAUCAGUUGUUUCCUUUUUUCGGUCUUUUUCUUGGUGCUAGAAAUCUUGUUAUUAUUUAUGAAAGAAAAACCUAUGAAAUAGUUAGGAGCCUGAAGAUAGUGCAAUAGUUUUUACUUCUUUCUUUUCAGUUGACUAUGGAGCUUUUUUAAUGUGUGUAUAUUAAUAGCUCAGUUGUAUACACAUUUAGCACAACCACUGAAUAACCAGUCUGCUCUUAGAUUUUAACUAAAUUGACCGCCCCCUGUGCAAUUGCCUAAGGUUGGGAUACAACACUGCAUUUUCUUCUCUUGAAACUUGCGCAUUGAUAGGUACCAGGUUUUUUUUUUUUAAUGGUACAAGGUUUCACAAAGUCAUAUCACAUUGUGGUAUCACAAUAGCUGAAUGACAUCAUAAGUUGAAAAAUAGAACUGCUAUUCUUUGUGGGGUUUUGGUCGAAUCGUCAUAAUAAUUUGGUCUUGUUUCUCAGCUUUUGUUUUCAUUUUACGAAACCUAAUUCAUAUCAGGGAGAACUUCCCCUCUCCAUGAAAAGUUGAACAAGCAAGAACAUGAAAUAAUCAUUCUGAACAAAUUUAUAAGGUUUAUUUAUUCAUAUGUCAGUCAAAUGUUGGUGAUAUGUUCAUGUAUAUGAACUUCCAAUUGUAAUAAGUUGAAAUUAAAUAAGUUGUAAUUAAUUGAAAAAUUAGGAAAUAUAUAUUUGUAGGCAUAUGCACAUGUAUUAAUUUUUCAACCCAAACUCUUGUUGCUCUCAUCUUUAAUAUUGAUCUCAAUAAUAAACAUGUAUACUACUGUAUGUAAUGGAUAACAUGAUGUAUUUUGGAGAAAUUUUGAAUUAAUGCUUUCUUUGAAAAAAAAAAUAUCAAUAUAUGAUAUGAGAUCCAGAAGAAUGACCAAAUAAUUUCACUCUUAGCUAUAUUUGAGAUUAAUUUUCAAACUUGCAAUUGAUUGGUUGAUUCAAUCACAACUUCUGAAACGAGGUCCAGAAUAAUGAAUAAAUUUGCACUUUAA